AUGGGUUCUUUCAAACAAUCCGGUUCCGCGGUGCGGGAUACAGAGCUGCAAUCUUUGGAUAGAGAUGGUUCUUCAGACCAUGAUCCAAAGGCAGCUGUUGCAGAUGACAAUGACAUGCAACGAAUGGGAAAGGCCCAGGAAUUUAAGAGAAACCUAAGGCCUUUGGCUGCUUUAAGUUUUGCAUCGGUUUUGCAGGCAACCUGGGAGUUCAUUCUUAUCUCCAACUACGAAGGUUUAUACAAUGGCGGCCUACCGGGUCUGUUUUAUUCUUAUAUAUGGACCUUCAUUGGGUUCGGCUUCAUUAUUGCCUCGAUCUCCGAAAUGGCAUCAAUGGCACCAACUUCUGGCGGACAAUAUCACUGGGUUUCUGAGUGGUCCUCGCCACGAUACCAAAAAUUCCUUAGUUAUGUUACAGGCUGGAUGUCAGUGUUGGCAUGGCAAGCUGGAGCAGCCUCUGGCUCAUUCCUCACUGGAACUAUUAUUCAGGGAUUAAUCAGUGUUCGAAACCCUGAUUACGACCCACAGAGCUGGCAGGGGACUCUGCUUGUCUUUGCAAUGGUCCUGGUGAUUUUCAUUGUUAACGUCUUCGCAUCCGACCUAAUGCCAGUCCUAAACAACCUCUUAAUGAUUCUGCACGUUCUCUCCUGGGCAAUUAUUGUCAUUGUUCUGUGGGCAAUGGCUCCUCACCAACCCGCCGAAGCUGUCUUUGCUACAGAGUGGAAGAAUUUUGGAGGUUGGUCUACAAUGGGACUAAGCGUUAUGGUCGGACAAAUUUCAGCUAUCUACGGCUCUCUGAGUUCUGACGCAACUGCACACAUGUCCGAAGAAGUGAAGGACGCUGGCCGCAACGUACCCAUCGCUAUUGCCUGGGGCUACUUUAGCAACGGCCUUAUGGCCAUCGUCCUCAUUAUCACUUUGCUCUUCGCUAUGCCAUCAGUGGAAGCCGCCCUAGACGAUCCUACUGGCUUCCCAUUCCUCUAUGUCUUCCAACAGACGACCUCAAUGGCAGGAGUGAACGGACUGACGGCUAUCAUCCUUCUACCCGUUAUCUUUAGCAACAUCCUCUUCAACGCCUCUACUUCCCGGCAAACUUUCGCCUUCGCUCGUGAUAAUGGCCUCCCAUUCUCCAAGUGGAUCGGCAAAGUCGACCAAAAGCGCAAGAUUCCCACGAAUGCUAUCAUUUUGUCCUGCAUCAUCAGCUGCGCGCUAUCCCUUAUCAAUAUCGGAUCCGAGACUGCGUUCAAUGCCAUUAUCUCUCUGAACGUGGCGGCCCUGAUGUACACGUACAUCAUCUCAAUUAGCUGCGUUAUCUACCGCAAAAUCUGGCAUCCCGAGACCCUCCCACGCCGUCGGUGGGACCUGGGACGUUGGGGACUGGGUAUCAAUAUUGUCGGGCUGCUAUAUUGCUGUUUCGCGCUCUUCUGGUCGUUGUGGCCAGGUGAUGUCGUCGUCACGGCGGAAAGCUUUAACUGGAGUGUGGUUCUCUUUGUGGGAGUCUUCAUUAUUAGUCUCGUGAUGUAUGUUUUCAAGGGCCGGAAGGAUUACGUUGGACCGUCGGUUAUUGUCGAGAAAUCCCAGGGUUGA